GCCACAGCUCUGACCGAACACUGACGCCAUCAGUGAUUUCUCUUCACCACUCAGUAUUAAUUUAGUAAUAGCACUGCGAGGGAAGCGUCAUUAUUACAUCUAGAGGACUAUUUUUAAUCCGCGUUUGGACAACUUGCUCUACUUUUACGCAUGGGAGCAUCGUUGACAUUUCAGGAGUGACAGCUGGACGGACCGGAUAUCUCUACGAUAAAUUUUUGAACUUCUGAGUUUGUUUUUGAACUAAUUUAAGGUCAGCGACAUCUUUAUUUAUAACUGUCUGCAGUCCUCCUUUGCUGAAGCCAUGUUUUCCAAAGCCACUGCCAACUUCGUCCGUCACAUUGACCAUGAAGGAAGCCUCAUCCACGUGUCCCGAAUAAAUGACUCACGCAAACUGGUUCCCAUGAAACUGGUCAUAAUAGGCCACCGCUUCUGGUUGUGGCAGAAGCCCAAAUAUCGGAUGACAGAAUUCACCCUCAGCGACGUGUUGCAAGGCGACGAGGUGCUCAGAACUAAAGUGUCCAUGGAUGAUUUCGUGACUUACAAGGGCACGUAUGGAGACAAACUCUACGGGAAGGUGAACGCUGAGGCUGGCCCUGCCAACCUCACUGUGGAGGGGCAGGGUACCUACAAACUCCAGUCAUGUUUUGGCGAGCUGAAGAAAGAGGGACUGGAACUGAAGGAUCUGUUACGGGAGUCCAGCAGCAGGCUGGUGAACAUGCAGCAUCCGCAGGUGCAGCAGCUGGAGAGGCGAGCUAACGUGCUGGCAGUGGUGAAGGACACGAUCAUCACCACCACAUCCUGCUCCAUCACCCAGACCAGGAAGGAGCAGUGUACCUUUCAGGGCAUGCUCAGGAUAGUGGGCAUGCUGGGAAAAAGUGUUCAGGUGUGUGUGGACGACAGCAACAACAUCGAGGCAAACAGUGAUGUGUCCAUGGAGAUCCCUGCUGGUACAGUCAUUGCAUACAGCAUCCUGGAACUGGAGAUUAAAAAGAAUGGAAACUUUAAUAUAUGCCUACCUGGCACAAUAGGAGGCAUUGAGGCAGACUCGCCUCUGUCCUGGCCAUCCCAUGUUUCCUUGGAUGAAAUGGACAGCAAGCACAAUGGGGAGAAGGCUCGAGACGAAGGACCUUUGCAAAAUGGAUCACAUGACAUGGACCUGUCUCCUCUGGCAGAGCUCCCAAAGUCAACUCGACUUGCCUUGUUCAAGGGACUCCAAGGAACUCUGAGGGACAGAAUGGCUCUGUCAUAUAUGGAGUAUUUGCUGGAAAAGUUGCGCAGUGGUGAAACACUCUAUGCGGCCGAGCUCGAGGAGCUGCCGGAGACACAGAGAGAAUUAUUGUCAGCCAUAUUGGACCAACCCGUCACAGACAGCCACGCUGAGAACGGCCAGUGUGGGGUCCCUGCUUGCCUAAAGGCAGCUCACAUGUUGGUCAGCGCCAUGGAAGAGCUGCCUGAUGAAACUCUGAGUCUCUUGUGUGACAGCAAUCCUGAUUUUCUGGAGGCCUUCCACACCCUGAUGUGCAGGCUAAAGAAGAGCAGCGGCCCUCUCUCCAUCCAAUGUCUUCCAGUCCCGCUGCAGGACCGCCAGGCAUUCCAGCUGGCAGAACAGCUGCUCAGCUCCGUCAGCGUGACGCUGAAGAGAGACAGCAGCAGGUUGUGGAUGGAGACGGGAAAUGAAGCAGGAUUUCUCCCAUUGGUCCUCUCACUCAGCACACAUGGAUUGUCCUGGCUGUGCAAAGGACAAAAGUAGUGAUCAUGCCUGCAUUUACACUUUCUUUUUCUGUUUUGUGGAUUAUAUUCUGUCUAUUUCUUUCUUUAUUUUAAAGUUUUUUCUGGAGUAAGCUGAGCAAAAUAUCUUUAUAUUAUUAUCAUAGAUUUCUUUUUUCAUAUUUACUAUUUUUACAGUAUCAUAUGAAUAUUCAUACUAUUUUAUUGUUUUUCUGAUAUAUUUUGUAUUACUCUUGAAGCAUUUCAUAUUUUUGUAUAAAAAAUAUUUUUAUGUGAUGAAUUCUUGGUGCAGCUCUGAGAUCGUUCAUACAUGUGUCCAUUAAGGAAGUUUGUACUUGAUUAGGCACCUAACAUAAAUCUGUCCUUUUAAUUAUUAUUGUUUUGUUUAAAGCCAGUUAUUUCAUUUUUUUAUUUAAACAUUUUCCAGCUCACCAUGAAAAAAAUGUGACUGAAAAUGCAUAGUGGUUAGGCUUUCAACAAAAAAACGUUCUGAUUUCUUAGCUCAAGAGAUUUUAACUUUCGUAGAUUUCCAGUUUUUCAAUUAACAAGAAAAUGUCAAAUUUGAUGCAUAUCAAUGGUACACAAAAAUGAUAUUUUUUUUACAUCCAUGCAGUAUGCUGAAAAUGUUGUUAUAUGCCUGUUCUUUAUUUUACAAUAGGCUCCAUUUUAUUGCUGCUACUGCUCAUAAUGAAAAGAUUAAAUUUUUAUAUUUAUCAAGAUAGACUAUAUGUUUAACAUUCCCUAAAUUAUUAACGUGGAAUACAAAAAGUUGUAUUAUAUUAAAAUGCAGUAUUGAUGUUUUCAUGUGCAGAUUAUGUGUAUUUCCUUAAGUUGUUUGAAGCUAUCUUUGUCAUGGCAAUGCUGCCUCUUUCCUAUUAUUACAUUCUGAUGUAUCAUUAAUUGGUAUUAACAUGUCUGUUACACUAGAUUAAUACAUUUUAAAGAAUCUUUGCUUUAUCAGAAUGUAUUAUUUUGUGUGCUUGCUUGCAAAAGCACACUAACUACUAUUCACCGGGUCUAUUUAGUGCCACGGCUUAGCAGCGAGGCAUCUCUUAUUAUUGCUCAUGUUUAUUAUUAUUUUGUGUGCUUGUUUGCAAAAGCACACUAAUUGUUAUUCCGUGGGCUUAUGUCUCUUUAUUAUUAUUCUUCCGUUUCUUCCGUGUUUAUCGGUCGACUACCUGGCCACCUGGUUGCUUAACUACCAAAGAUCUUCUUCUACGCUUCAUUUUAAGAUGAAGUGCAUUUUGAGUAGCCUGCAUUUAUUUAUUAAUUAAUAUUACAGUUUUUGAUUUUACAUUUUACAAAGGAAA